AAACGUUUUUUAACUGAAGUAGAAACUGAAACUUAUACUGAAAUGGAUUUGUCAAUUGAUGAAUAGAUAAAAACAAACAAUUAACUUUCAUGACUAGUUGGUGUAAAAUUGUAGGUGGGAAAUAACAUAUGUUUGAACUGUAUGUCUUGCUGAACACUUAUCACAGAUAAACAUCAUACAUGUGAGCCACGCUCUGUGAAAAGUGGGUUUAAUGCAAGUGUGUAAAGUGUCGUCCCAGAUAAGCCUCUGCAGUCGUCCGCACAGGCUAAUCAGGGACAACACUCUCUGUCUAAACUGGAUUUUUGCUAAGAAGAGACUUUCUUUAAACAGAAAAUAUCAUAAAUGCGGAAAGUGUCUUCCCUGAUUAGCCCGUGCAGACUGCACAUGCAUUUAACACCUAUUUCACAGAGCACGGCCCAUACAUGUAUAUACUGUUCCGGGCUUGUGGAAUAAGUAAUGAUUAUAUUUACAAACAUGCUGGGAUAGGAUUCCAGCCUGUCUGCAUGACAGGAUGUACAGAGGAUGUAUGUAUUGUCUUUUGGUGUAUGGAAGUGUGGGACCAAUCUCUGGUUUUCUGGGAUUAUGGUAUAUUAGAAUCCUCCUCCCUCAGUCCAUUUGUGUAUGAGCAGCAGAGCAGGGGUAUCAUGACAGCCUCCACAAACUGUGAGUAGGGAAUUCAAGAAAAAUGCAGAUUACAUUUAGUUGCCAUGGUUACAUAGUGUUCGUCCUAUUGUGUGCUUCAGUGGUUCAUCACGCCAGGGAGGCCAAAUAUACUUUGGGGAUGAACACCGAGAGUAGCUGCACAAAGACACAUUUCUACGAGGCAGGUGAUGUGUUUACUGCCUCUGUCAAGGGUCGUGUCUAUGACUCCCACUGCCCUUUGACCUUCAUACGGUCAGGGUCGGAGGGGUCGGACACGAGCGGGCGCGAGCCCUGCGUCUGUCUGUGUGUAAAGAUCACAGAGUACACCCUGGAGAGCUGUCAGGUGCAGCUGUCCUACCACGAUGGGCUCAAUGACUUCAACCCAGCGACCUUUGACUGCCACAAGUACCCGCCAAUCAUGUGGUGCUCCAGCAAGAACGAUCUAAAGGUCACGGUGUCCGAGCUCAGCGGAUACAGAGGUCAGAAGUACGCCAUCACUCUGGAGGUGAAACCCUUCUGUGGGCGCCUUGAACAACUCACCACCGAUUCAAGCGUGGUUGCACAGCCCCAGCGGAAAGGGUCAUCCAUCAACCAGACGGCUGUUAUCAUAGGGGCCAUAGUGGGCACCAUCUCCAUCCUGUUUGUGCUUGGCUGGCUGCUCUACUGCUACAGGAACCGGCACCCUGCAGGCCACGGGCAAUCCUCCCCGCCCGCCCACCAGCUGCGCCCAGACCGUGGAGUGCGUGGGAAUACACCCAACCAGCAAUCUGCUAGAUACGCUCCAGUGGACAGGAAUCCCCCUUCAUCCCAGUCCAGUUCUGACCGGUGUGGGAUGGUUCCCCCCUACCUCCCCGACCUGGUUCUCAAGCAGCCAGGUAUAAGCGUGGCAGGGGACCGGCGCCUGUACUCUCCCUUCCAGCCCCCCAGCCAGCCCCAGCCCCUCUACCAGGCACCCACAGGGGUCACGGGACCCAGGCAACCAGGCUUCACCAUUCCACAACAGCAGGUAUCUGGGGUGCUCUAUUCUGACCUGGAUAGGGGAGGUACGUUGGGAGGGGGAGGAGGGGACGGGUGGUUCCUAGGGGACCAGCCAGAGGGGUUUGUACAGCCUGGAUUUGUGCCCCCCACCCAGCGCCCAGUGCCUGCCAACCAGUACAUGGCCCAGAACCAGAUCUAUCAGUACCCACAAGAUGGUGAGAUGCACACAGCACCCACGGACACCAGGUAUGUUGUGUAUGAUUUCGACUAUGAACCAAACAAGCUGGAAAGAAAAUUCUCAGCUGGAAAGUCGCAGCAGAGCAGACGGUCACCAGUGAAAGACAUAGACAGGACUAAACCAAGAGAGAUCACUCCACUAAGGGAGACAAUUAGAGUUUUACCUCCCUUAGGUGGGGGCCAGAGGGUUAUGGCCCCAAUGGACUCCACCACUGACCACACAAGUGAUAACGAAUCCUCAUAUUCGGACACAACUGAGGACGACACCACCACUGAUGACCAGAUGGGGACUGGAACGAUGCAGUACGGACCACCUUUGGGGUUCUUUAACCCUUCAAGUGAUAAACUCGCCACAAGCAGACUGUACGACUCGAACGCAUUUCAGAGAAUUGACAACGACAUUGAGAAGAUAAGUCUAACUCAGUCGAGGAAUGUUCAAAGUGAUCAAAGAGCAGCUUUGUGUGACGAUACAGUCGAUCAUUCUCAACCAGUGCCUCCGACCCGUAAUGAAUCCAGUCGGUCGAUACAAAACAAGAGACCAGACGACGCGGUGCAUCCACAGCCCAGCGAGAGUGCCAAAGAGGGUCCGAUGCCCCAGGUCCCUUCUCAGCCCCGUGAUAUUCAUAGGAUGGGACCUAGGGUAACGCCCCCUUGGCCCCAUGGACCACCCCCGCCCUACUCAGCAGGCGAGAAAUUUGUGGUUUAGAACAGUGCAUCUGUAUAUUAGUACUGUAUCUUUGAUUCAGUGGGCAAUAAAUUUGUGGUUUAGAACCAUGCAUUAAUAGUUUUUUGGUUAUUGUACAGUGCUUUGAUAUUGUCACACAUUGUUUGGAAAGAAGUGUUUGAUUGUAAAGUGUCUUCCAAGAAAUUUUGGGCACUUUGCCAGAACAAUUUUGGUUGGUCAAAAGCUCACUUCAAAUGUACUUCAUAUUGAUAUAAUUUUGAAGACGAUUUUUUUGCCAAUGGUUUACAAUUGUGUUCGAAAUAGUUGAUAAUGUUCUUCGAUAUUGCUUUUAGCUCACCUGAGCACAAUGUUCUCUUGGUGAGCUUUUGUGAUUGCCCUUUGUCAGUUGUGCACAUCCGUCUUGCCUCGUGAACAUUUACCUUGUAAACAGUCUAGAUUCAACAUUCAUUGUUCAAUCUAUAUUAAACUUGGUCAGCUAAUUUGUUCUAAUGAUAUAUUGGCUGAAUUUUGAAAAUGGCUCAGGACCCUUGAAAAACAUGGUCAUCAGCAGGCGGGGCAGUUGCUUAUGUUGCUUACAUGAAUCCAUGUUAAGGCUCGAAUGCCCAUGUUUAUUCGGCAAUCCUUCUGAACUUUGGUCAGAACAUUUUCCCUUAUGGAAUUUCCUCUGAGUUUGAAACUUUCUUUUAAGAGUAGAUGAUGAGGUCAAAUAAAAAUAACUACAUAUUUGUACUCUUGAAGUCACUUUCCUUGUCAAAUCUUCAUGAAUCCAUUAAGAACAUUUGUUAUAACCAUAUAUCUCAGCCAAGUUCAAGCAUACAAAUGGACCAAGAAAUGAAAUAUUUAUGUUUCAUACAGUACUUUCAUUAUUUUGAGCUCCACAUCAUCAGAAUAGUUUAGUCCCUUAGGGUCUCAGGUGAACGCCUUUAGGCCCAUGGCCAUGCUGUUGUUAUUGUCCCCUACUGGUUAAACCGGAGGGGACUUAUGGUUUGCACUCUGUCCGUCAGUCAGUCUGUCAGUCCUUCACACUUUUCUGGAUCCUGCAAUAACUUUAAAAGUUCUUCAUAUUUUUUCAUGAAACUUGAAACAUGGACAGAUGGUAAUAUGGACAUUAUGCAUGCCAUUUCAUUUUGUUCCUACGUCAAGAAUUCUGGUUGCUAUGGCAACAAAUAUAAAAAAAAUAAAAAAAAUCUGAAAAUGGUGGAGUUUCACUGGUAGGGGACCAUAUUGCUUGGCAAUCUCUUGUUAUAUCCAACUUGUUGCAUUAUGUGAUUUUUGUUUGUGUAGAUCUUUGAGGCUCCAUGACAUGGUUUUAGCUCACCUGAGCAAAAUGUGCUCAUGAUGAGCUUUAUGAUCACCUGUUAUCCGUCUUGUGUUGUGGGGCAUCAACAGUUGCCUUGUUAACACUCUAGAGGCCACAUUUACCACUAUUGUCCGAAUUUUCAUAAAAUUUGGACAGAAGAUUUGUGCCAAUGAUAUCUUGGACGAGUUCAAAAAUGGUUCCGGUUGUUUGAAAAACAUGGCCACCAGGGUCGGGGCAUUUUAUCCUUAUAUGGCUAUAGUAAAACCUUGUUAGCACUCUAGAGAACAAAAUGUAUUGUCCAAUCAUCAUGAAACUUGUUUAGAAGAUUUGUCCCAAUGAUAUCUUGGACUGUUUAAAUAUGGUUUCGGUUGCUUGAAAAACAUGGCCGCUAGUGGGAGGGUCAUUUUUCCUUAAAUGGCUAUAUAUGGCUGUAAUAGUAAAACCUUGUUUACACUCUGGAGGCCACAUUUAUUUAUGAUCUUCAGGAAAUUUGGUCAGAAGAUUUGUCCCAUUGAUAGUUUGAAAUUUAUCUAGUUGGUUGAAAAACAUGGCUGCAAGGGGGGGGGCAUUUUUCCUUAUAUGGCUUGAGUUAAAACUUGUUAACACUCUAAAAGUAAUAUUAAUUGUCCAAUCUUCAUGAAACUUGGUGUGAACAUUUGUUCCAAUGAUAUUUUGGAUGACUUCGAAAAUGGUUCUGAUCUGUUGAAAAACAUGGCCGCAUGGCGGGGAAUUUUUCCUUAUAUGUCUUAAGUGAAACCUUAAUAACACUCUAGAGGCCACAUUUAUUGUUGGAUCAUCAUGAAACUUAGUCAGAAGAUUUUUCCCAAUUAUAUUUUUGACGAGUAAGAAAUUGCUUCCAGUUGCUUGAAAAACAUUGUGGCAAGGGGGCGGGGCAUUUUUCCUAAAAUAUUUCUAUAUAUUGCUAUAAAAAAAAAUCUGUUAGCACUGUAGAGUACACAUUUAUUGUCCGAUCCUAAUGAAACUUGGUCAGAAGAUUUGUCCCAAUCAUAUCUUGGACAAGUUUGAAAAAGGUUGAAAAAAAUGGCCAUCACUGGGCGGGGCAUUUUUCUUUAUAUGGCUAUAGUAAAAACUUGUUAACACUCUAAAAGUCACAUUCAUUGACCAAUCGUCAUGAAACUUGGUCAGAAGAUUUGUUUUAACGAUAUCUUGGAAGAGUUUGGAAAUGGUUCCGGUUUGUUCUAAUACAUGGCUGCCAGAGGGCGGGGAUUUUAUCCUUAUAUGGUUAUAGUAAAACCUUGUUAGCACUCUAAAAGUUACAUUUAUAGUUCACUCUUCAUAAAACUUGGUAAGAACAUUUGUUCUAAUGAUAUCUUGGGCUGCAAAGAACAGGUCAGUUUCUUAGUAUCUUAGGUGAGUUACUUUGGGCCUUUCAGUCCCUCCUGUUUUUUGUUUCUAAAUUAAUUGAAUCUCUUUUGAUAUAGAUUUACUUUAGAUAUUAUUUAUUACUCUUGACAUGUUUCAUUCGCUUUAUUUGAUUUGAUCAAAAUUCAUCAUCAAUUAAAAUGAUUCAGUUAACAUUCAUUUGAAACUUAAAACCAGUCAUUUGUUGACUUAAGUUCAUGUUAUUCAUUACUAGUUUAUGAUAAAAUUAUGAUCUUGUUUGUAAUAUUUCUUCUUAUGUGAUUCUGCCUUGCUUAUUGUUUUAUUUGUAAUUUAGAUUAUUGUUUAUCCAUAAAAUAUAGUUUAGGCAAAUUUGUUUCUUUCACAUUGGUUCUUAGCAUUUGUUUUAAUAUCAGAAGUGUUACAUUUAUUUGCACCAGCUUUUAACUAAAUUAUUGCCAUAUCUUGUUAUUGAUUAUUGUUCAGUAAUUUGGUAUUUCAUUAUUCUGUCUCAAUUGUUUAAUCUAUUUUGUUAUUGUUUUAUUUGUGUUUAUCUUAACUUAUAACAUGUAAAUUUGACCAAGAUGAAAGGGUACAGCAUUUUUUUCUUGUACUGGUACACACUAUUGCCAAUUUUAGUACAGUAUCUGUUUUAUAACAGAGUAUAGCUGUAACUCUCAAGGAUUUCUUCAUGAGUAAUGUGUGUAACAAGGAAAUUUGAUAUUUCCAGAAUACGUACUUCAAGUAUUUUUAGCUGACUAGUGCACAAUAUGGUCAUGGCGAGUUUUUGUCAUCGCCUUUUGUCCAUAGUUUGGCAUGCGUCAUAUACAUUUGCCUUUUAACCACUUUUGAGGCCAAAGUUAGUGCCCAAUCAUCAUGAAACUUGCUCAGAAUACUUGUACCAUUGAUAUCUCGGCCGAGUUGAAACUGGGUCACAUGGUAUCAAAAACUAGGUCACUAGGUCUUCUUGAAACCUGGUCAGAAAAUGAAUCCCAAUUACAUUUUGGCAUCGUUUGGAAAUGGUUUUGGUCCAUUGAAAAACAUGGUCACCAUGGUGCAUGGUAGUUGCUUGUAUUUGGCUUUUGAAAAACCAUGGGAACACUCUAGAGGUCAUAUUUAUCGCCCAAUACUGUCACAAUUAUAUCAUGGCUGAGUUCGAAACUGGGUUGUAUUCGGUCAAAAUCGAGUUAACUAGGUCACUUUUGUGUAAAGCAACAUUUUAAUAAAUAUCUGUUAAAAUCUUAUUGGUACACAUGUAUUUUGAAUCUGUUAUAAUAUGUACGGAAAUCGAUAUUACCUAAACUUGUACAGUUGAUUGCAUAUGAUCAUCCUGUUAAUUAAUGUUUGUGUGAUAACAAAGCAACUCUUAACUUGGUUUAAUAUCUAUAAGGUUUAUACAAAGAUAAAGACAACUUUUUGUUUUGCUUAGCCAGUUAGAUUAUCUGGUCAUCAUUAUGUUCUAACAUGUAUGUAUUACUACACACAGAGUUAUUUUUGACAUCUGCAUGUAGGAUUGUUGUGACCUUCUGACAUAGUGUUGUGAGAAAUUGCCAUAUCAUUUGAUGGUGCUAUUUUAUUGUAUUCAAUAUUAAUAUACUGUUUUAUUGUUGUUAACAUUUGCAUUUACAACUCAAGCUAUAUUCUUAUAUGAUUAUAAAUAACUGUAUCAGAUGCAAUAGCUUCUGAAACCGCAGUAGGCUGAGUGAAUAAUAUGAACAAGUUUGGAAAGAAAGAAAAUUAAUGAAAGAUUUGUUUUAUUGAAAAAAUGAUUCAGCAUUAAAUACUUGAUUGAUGGGAUAUUAUUGCUAAAAAAACUGUUUAAGAUGAUGUAUUCAUAAAUUUAGUUAAUUAGUGUUGAUGCAAUUGUACACUAUUCAUCUUGUUAACACAAUAAUAAUUAAACUUUUUAAGUUGGAGGAAAAUGUGAUAAAUUGAAGCCAGCAAAUUAAGCAAUACAAAAGCCAGUUAUUUUUAUUAGUGCUAUUGAACAAGUUAUACAGUAACAUCCACACCAAAUUAUUGUAUGUCUAUGUAUAUAUUUUCACUACUACUGGAAGCAUUUUAUUAUGUUUCUUUCCUUUCCUAUGUGACCAAGAUAUUCAUAAUAAUCAUAACAGAAUACAUGUAGUAAUUUUUGGUAACUCAAUAUUCAUCAUAUUUUUUAAUGGUUAGUUUUAUACACGUUUAGUGUUAAGAACCUAUGAUAUUUAUUUUUAUGAUUUGUUUUGUACUGCACACUGGUGAUUGUAGUAAGUAAAAAAUAAUGUAUUAAAUCUAGAAUGAAAAACUUAAGUUUUUUAAACAUCACAUUUUGUACUUUCAUCAACAACCAUACAACAUUUUGUAUGUGUUUAAUGUAAAUAUUAAAUUUUAUGCUUAUCCCUGAUAUAUCCGUCUGCUCAUAGUCACAAAAUUGUGCGCCGAAAUACUCCUAUUGGAUGAUAAAUCUUGAAUCCAUAUUAUGUUUGUAUUGAAGAUAAAACCUUCAAAUGGGCUUAAUAUGUAUGUUGAUCUGAUAUUUCUAUCAAUUACUGUUUGAGAUACCACCUGUAUGUUGUUUUGGGUUAUUACUCCGUGCCAGUUGCAUGCAUUAUGUAUGCAUGUAGAAUACUUUAUGAUGCUCACUGUCAUUCAUAUUAUUUUCUUCAUAUUUAUUAUUGUUUAUUUCUUGCCUAUUUUUAAUUAAAUCUUCAUGCUUGCUUUUUACGAUGUAGAUUUUAUGUAUUCAAUAAAUACACUUAAAAUCAU